AUGGCGCGGACGGGUUGGGUGCCUCAGCCUCGGUCGGAUUUGGGCUUGGCUUUAGCGAUGGCGGCGGAGGGGCGUAGUGCGCGGAGAAGCGGAGUGCGGGGAGUGCGCGGAGUGCGCGGAGAAGCAAGAGGCGCAAUGCCGCCAAAGGAUUUUGGCGGCUGCGGGGAUAGCCGACACCGCUUGUCGUGCUGCUGUUGGAAGGAGGGUGCGUCGUCCUCUAGCCGCGCUGCUGUAGAAAAGUGCGUCUUCUUUCUCGACGCUGACAGAGGUGAUUUGGUCGGGUGGCGGUCGGUGGCGCUACCGGCUGUAUUGGCGGGGCAUCGACGAAGGCGAUCGGUGGUUCGUUGCGCGACGACCAGCGUUACGCUCUUCUUUUACCUCGGGGACUGUGCUUGCUUCGAUAUAUGUGUCCAUCACUUUUCUGACAUGGCGUGA